UUUUUCAGACAAAAAAAAAAUACGUGUAGCAUAUCGCAUCACGUGAAAUUUGAGCAUAUGCCUUAAAAUGCAAAUGCAGCACUAAAUAUCAGGACAGUGAAAUUUACACUAUUACUAAAUGUGGAAAAGGGGAAGUGGAAGAUGUGAUUCAUACGUGAUGGCGAAGGAAUAAGCGAACUUUAUUAUGGUGAAGGUGACGGGUAUGAAUAUUAAUAAACGAAAUGUGACUUGGUCUCUCCGAGUCAGAGCCGGUGAGAACGCGACUGCUGACGUAAGAAAGUGGGCGGCGGUCAGGUGCGGUAUCUUCAACGGCGGCUCAUGAAUAUUAAUUAGGUCACGCACAGGUUUAAAGAUGACGCAAUAAAUAUUCAUGGUUUGUGACGGCUGUGGUGGUGACUCAAAGUAAAAAGACCCCUUUCAGAGGAGUGACAGCCACAAGCAGGAAACUCAGGCGUUCAAGGACCACGUAAAACAAUAUAGCUGAGUAAAGAGCAAAAAAAAAAAAAAAAAACACAAAGAAGCAAAAUACAAUAAGGUUUUUGAAAAUGUCUGGAGCGGAGUUUGAUACGGAGUUUCUGUACAUCCUACCCGCGUCUGUUAUGAAUGACUUUACACGGUUUAUGGACUCACUCUCACACUCAGACUGGAUAUUAUUCGCUUCACAGGUAAUAUCAGACCAGACCGAACUACGCCUUUUGGAGCAAAGCCCCAGACGGACGGAGGACCUCAUGCACACAUGGGGCUGUCGCAACGGGACGGUUGGAGAACUGCUGAAGAUUCUUGAGGGCUUGCAGUUGUUUAGGGCCCGUGAUAUCAUCCUUAAAUGCAGACGUAUACCGGAGUUUUGUUCAGAGCAGCCUUCAACGGUGCCACCAGUCCCUGCAUGUCAAAGCAGUACAGUCUCCUUUGUCAAAGAGUCUCUCCCUGUCCCCGAAAUCAGGCCUCUACCCAAGCCUAGCCCCCCGCCACCUGAUCUGGACUCUGUGAAUUCAAGAAUCUCAAAUAUAGAGUGCCUGUGUGAGAACCGCGUGGAUCCCCCCCCUUUUUCCUCCACUGCGAUGAGCUGGCCAUUUGAGGAAGUACAGAGAUGCACAUGCAACUUUUCCCCCUGCAAGCAGAUUGGAGAAGGAGGUUUCGGACACGUGUAUAAAGCUGUGAUGAGAAACACAGAGUUUGCUGUGAAGAAGCUGAAAGAAGACUCUCAUUUGGACUGGAAUGUCGUGAAGGAAAGUUUCAUGACGGAAGUAGAAAAGCUAUCACAAUACAGACAUCCCAACAUAAUGGACUUUGUUGGCUACAGUAUAGAAGGACAAACUUAUUGUUUAAUAUAUGUUUAUAUGCCAAACGGCUCUUUAGAGGACCGGCUUCGAUAUGAGGACAGUAACGCCCUCUGUUGGUCACAACGUGUAAAUGUGUUGCUGGGCAUUGCCAAAGCUAUUCAGUACCUGCAUUCUUGCUCACCUGCACUCAUUCAUGGCGAUAUCAAGAGUUCUAACAUCCUUUUAGGGAAUCACUUGGAGCCCAAGCUGGGGGACUUUGGAUUGGCGCGUUUAUGCCGGAACCCCAACAAAACCCCAGGCAAGACGUCCACUGUGGCUAAAACAGCUACGGUCCGGGGAACUCUUGCAUACCUCCCAGAGGAAUACCUGAAGGAUGGACAGCUUGGAGUGGAGAUCGACGUCUACAGCUUUGGAGUGGUCAUGCUCGAGGUGCUUACUGGGCGGCAGGCUCUGGAGGUCGAUGACCAAUCCAGAACGGUUUACUUGAAAGAUUUAGUUAAAGAGGAGGAAGACGAUGGAAGAAGCUUCAGCAAAGGGAAGCACUCGCGGGAGCUGUCCUAUGCUCAUGCAGCGGAGAACAUCUGCAGGAAACAUCUGGAUCCUCGACUGAAGACUAAAGACACUCCUACCCCACAUGGAUCAAUGCAGAUCUCUCAGCUGGCAUGUCAGUGUUUAGACCGACGACGGAAGAAGAGACCUCGCAUGACGGAAGUGUUUAAAGCACUGCAAGAUGUGCAUUCAGGGUUGAAGACCUUUGGCAGAUCGACCACGGUGAGAAUGUCUCCCGUAUCAUCUCAUCCAUCCACCCCUGAGCCUCUGCGCUCCCUGGACUCUCUCGUCCAUCAGUUCUCCAAUCUCCACCCUCAAGAGAGCACGUACCCCUGCCUUCACAAGACCUCUGCCGGGACUCAGUCUAGCUGCUCAGAGUCAGAGUUGAAUGCUGAAUCAUGGGCUUCACAUUCCUCUGGCACGCCGUGUGAAUCGGAUGAGAGUCAAGGCUUUUCUCAAUACUUGACAAGUCACUGUAGCAGAGCUCAGGCGACGUCAUGUGGGGCCUGUGGCAUUCAGAGCACUAAAACAAGUGGUGCUUCAGUGAAAAGCCCUUCACAGUCCAGUCUGAAUAAAGAUUUUUCUGAACAGAAAGUGUUUGUAAAUCCUGUGAGGCAGCAACUGGUCCAGAAAAUUCAGCUUUAUGAAGAGGGAAGGAUUUUAACUUCUGAUCUGCUGUCAUCAGGCACCUCAUUAUACCGAGGGAUGGAUGCUGAAACAAGGGAGCCAGAAGAGAGUGAUGAGUUUGCAUGUGAGACAUCUGGAAUCAACAUGCCGUCGCCUGCUGCAGUUUAGCACUGGAUGACUGGGACCCAGCAAAUACGGUGUUCAAAUAUUACCAGAAAUUACGCUUAUGGUAGAGAAAAUGCCUUGGCCAAAGCUGCUGAUGAAUAAAAAGUGGUACUGAUGAAGAAAUCUGUGUAGUUGUGAACCUGUGAAUCUUGAAUGACAAGCCGAAGAAAUAUAAAAGUGCAUAAUUUAUUGUUAUACGCCUGUUGUUUUGGCGAUCCAAUAUCUGUCUGUUGGUUGUUGUUUGUUGUUUUUGGCUUAGUUCUCAGCGACAUGUUUUUGUUUUUUAUAACAAAGUCAAGCUUUUGUAUUAUGGCCAAAACACCUACAUGUGUGAGAGUGCUAUUUAACAUUAAUGACUAAUCUGUUUCUAUGGUACUAAACAUUUAGCCAGUGCAAUUUUCAUUACGUAACAGCAUUUUUACAGAUUUCUACAAUCAGCCCUUUUUAAGUAUAUACACUGACUUACACUGUAAUGUAAUAACUUGAAAAAUUGUUAUCAGAUGCAACUAUUAAAUCUGCUCCUUAGGGGGGAAAAAAACA